AUUUAGGUACGCGUUGAAUACCGAUGUAGAUGCUUUAACUAAUGCAUUGUUUGCACAUGGAGUCAUUCUUGGAAUUGUUUGAUCCGGACAGUCAUAAAGGCAAACAGAAGGAAACAUGGAAUGACUCUGAAAACGAAGGUAAUGGAAUGUCCGACUGUGAAAAUUCAAGCACCGACGACGAUCAGGAAGAAAGAUUACCACCGGAACCAGAACAGGGCAAUGUCGAGUACAAAUUGAAAUUGAUCAAUCCAUCUAGUCAACGGUUUGAACAUCUAGUAACACAGAUGAAGUGGAGACUUAGGGAAGGUCACGGAGAGGCUAUUUAUCAAAUUGGUGUGGAGGACAAUGGAAGGUUAACAGGCUUAACAAAAGAAGACAUGAAAGCGUCCUUAAAGACUUUAAACGAUAUGGCAGCUAGACUGGGUGCCACAACAAGUAUAUUACGCGAAAGACUUGCCAAUUCUAAAAAUAAAGGUAUGACCACGCACAGUAACAACAACGAGGAAAGGCGAGUGACGGAAGUGUUGGUGAAAAAAUUAAGAAAGGGGGACAGAGAGGAUCAGGACAGUAUCAUUGAUCUCAGACUAGCUGUAACGGGUGCACAGGAUGCCGGGAAGUCAACUCUCUUAGGUGUAUUGACGCAGGGUGAGCUAGACAAUGGUAGAGGAAGAGCGAGGUUGAAUAUGCUUCGACAUCUUCACGAAAUAAAAACCGGCCGUACUUCGUCGAUUUCGCAUGAAAUCAUAGGAUUCGAUAGCGAGGGACAUGUAUUAAAUUAUGCGGAAAUGGCAACCGCUGAAGAAAUAUGCGAGCACGCUUCAAAAGUCGUGACGUUUAUAGACCUGGCCGGGCAUCGUAAAUAUUUAAGGACAACGGUACUGGGUCUAACCGGAUAUUCACCUCAUCAUGUUAUGCUGGUCGUAGCGCCGCCUCUGAACGAAGCGUCACAGGAGCAUAUGGCUCUGUGUCUUACUUUAGGACUUCCGAUCUUCAUAGUCUUAAAUAAAAUAGACCUUGGUUUCUGUAGUAUCGCAGAAACUAUGAAUCAGUUAGAGGGUGCGAUUAGUUCGCAAGGAUAUUCCAAACAGUUAGUAAAGUACAACGAUAGUCAAAUACCGUGGGAUUAUGAGUCGGACGUGAUACCAGUGUUUAAUGUAAGUUGCGUCACUGGAGAAGGUCUACAGGAUCUGACAAAUUUUAUCAAAAACUUGUCACCGCAUGACGUGAACUCUAUGGAUUCGGAUUCCGAAUCCUGUCUGUUUCAAAUUGACGAAACGUUUAGAGUAGCAGGCUUAAAUGAACCUGUUUUAGGCGGACUUCUGGUGAAAGGAGCAAUCGCACCUGGCACCCGAUUAUUGGUAGGGCCUCUGCCAGAUGGGGAGUUCAGUCCUGUCAAGGUCGUCAGUUUACACCGCAACAAAGCGCCAUGUUGCUUAGUAAGAGCCUCUCAGAGCGCUAGUUUAACGCUAGCACCGCCGAAUAAUCGAAGUCCACCCUUGCCUCACCUUCGACCUGGAAUGGUUUUGGUGUCAUUAUGGGACCAGCCACACGCGACACUAUUCUUCCAAGCAACCGUGUUAAUAGUAUACCACGCUACGGCGAUAUUUUCUGGCUUCCAAACGACAGUGCACGUAGGGAACGUGAGGCAAACAUGUAUCAUUAAAGGAAUAAUGGACGCAAAGGACAGAGGUCUGCAGACAAACGACACGGCGUCCGUACUGUUUAGGUUCGUCAACCAUCCGGAAUAUCUGCACGUGGGCAUGCGACUUUUAUUGAGGGAGGGUCGCACCAAGGGAAUCGGUAAAAUUACGCAGAUAUUUCCGUUGAUCGGUCAACAAAACGGUAUGCAAUAAACUCAACGAAAUUGUCGCGUGUAA